AUGUGUACAAAGAUCUCAGGUGAGAAGGCAAUCACUGCCCUGCUGGAGGUCUUGGAACUAGAGGGGGAUAUCCUGGAAGCAGAGUGGAUACGGCAGGAGUCGUUAAGACGACUAAUCAACUUGACAAUAAGUACCACACAUUUUUCAUUCUGCGGCAAUAUCUAUGAGCAAAUAUCUGGACUACCGAUGGGAUAUUCACUCACCUCCUUUGACAAAUGUAUACAUGGACAGAUUGGAGAAGGAAUUCGAGAAGUCACCGCUUCAACCAAGAGCGCCAAUGCGAUACCUGGACGACUACUUUGCACUUUGGUCGCAUGGUAA